GUUUUCAGCUCUGCAUCACGCCGCUCUCACAGGAACCACAGAGCUGCUGUCUGCUCUGCUCGAGGCUCAGGCCACUGUCGACGUCAAGGACAGCAACGGAAUGCGCCCGCUGCAUUACGCCGCCUGGCAGGGGAAAGCCGAGUCGGUCCUGAUGCUGCUGCGCUCCGGAGCUUCAGUGAACGGCGUCUCUUUGGACGGACACAUUCCUCUUCACCUGGCAGCGCAGUACGGACACUUCCAAGUGUCUGAGAUGUUGCUGCAGCAUCAGUCCAACCCCUGUCUGGUCAACAAGGCCAAGAAGACUCCUCUGGACCUGGCCUGUGAGUUUGGAAGAGUCCAGGUGGCCCAGCUGCUGCUGAGCAGUAACAUGGUGGUGGCGUUGUUGGAGGGAGAGAGGAAAGAGCAGACAGACUCCGCCUUCACCACCCCACUUCACCUCGCCGCACGCAACGGACACAAAGACAUCAUACGGCUGCUGCUGAAGGCCGGCAUCGACAUCAACAAGACCACCAAGUCUGGAACAGCUCUGCAUGAAGCUUCUCUGUACGGGAAGACCGAGGUGGUCCGGCUGCUGCUGGAUGCUGGAGUGGACGUCAACAUCCGGAACACAUACAAUCAGACGGCGCUGGACAUCGUCAACCAGUUCACCACGUCGCACGCCAGCAGGGACAUCAAACAGCUGCUUAGAGGUCAGUGGUGGAGUGACAAUAAGCACAUUAACUCAGACGCUACAGGGAUUCUGCAGGUCCGAGCUCUGAAGGAUUACUGGAACCUGCACGAUCCCACCGCUCUCAACAUCCGAGCCGGAGACGUCAUCAUGGUUCUGGAGCAGCACUUGGACGGACGCUGGAAGGGCCACAUCCACGACACCCAGAGAGGAACUGACCGAGUCGGCUUCUUCCCUCCGUCCAUCGUGGAGGUCAUCAGCAGACGAAACGGGGGCACCCUGUCCCGGCACGCCUCUCUGCCCACCCAGCGCCAGCAGCUGAACUCCAGAGCCCCCCUCUCCUCCAGCCUCAGCUCCGCCCCCCAGACUGAUGACUCCUACACUCUGUAUGCUCCCCCCACCCAUGUGGUGCUCCCGCUAGCCAACGGCCUCACUACCAACACAGGUUUGUGUCCAAGCCGCCUGUCUCAGUCUGAUUUUCCCUUCGAGGACAUCUGGGUUCUCAGGGACUCAUGUCAUGCAGGAGAUCGGAACAGCGUUGGGAGUACGGGGAGCGUUGGCAGCACAAGGAGUGCCGGGAGCGGGCAGAGCACCGAAAGCAACAACACACCCAACGGGAUCCAACACAUCGCUGUUCACCAUGACAACACCAACAAGCCGGCUCCCUCUGCUGUUGAUUGUGGGCACUCAGACGUCAGCAGUCAGCCUGAUCCUCCUGCAGGUGGGACUCCUCGGAGGCAGACGGUGACGGUGCAGAGACCUGCAGAUCAGAGUUUCUCUCAGCAGUUUGUCCGUCCUCAGCAGCUGCUGGAGGGAAAGGAUGCAGAGGCCAUCUUUCAGUGGCUGAGGGAGUUCCAGCUGGAGCAGUAUACUGGGAACUUCAUCAGUGCUGGUUAUGACGUUCCAACCAUCAGCAGGAUGACCCCCGAGGAUUUGACGGCCAUCGGAGUGACGAAGCCAGGCCACCGCAAGAAAGUCUCCCUGGAGAUCAACAACCUGAACAUGCCAGAGUGGCUGCCUGAGUACAUCCCGUCCGAUCUGGGGGAGUGGCUCAGUGCCAUCGGUCUGCCGCAGUACCACAAACAACUCUCUGAAAACGGCUACGACUCCAUCAGCAUCGUCAGAGACCUCACAUGGGAGGACCUGCAGGAGAUCGGCAUCACCAAGCUGGGCCAUCAGAAGAAGCUGAUGCUGGCGGUGAAGAAGCUGUGUGACAUCCAGAGGGCGAUCCUCCAGGCCGAAUCAGGACAGGGAACGCUGCGCCGCAAAGGCCCGGGAGCCCUCCACCUGGUGACCAUCGAGCCGCCGGACUCAUCGGGCGAAUGCUCGUCUCCUCACACCCCGAAGAUGCUGACCUUCCAGGACAGCGAGCUGAGCGCCGAGCUGCAGACCGCCAUGUCCGGUCACUACGGCGGCUGCGACGAAGGCUUGGCCAUCAAGAACGCCGUGGGAAUGUCCCAGAGCCAGGAAAGUAUCGACGCCCGCUCCAGGGGCUCCGGGCGCUCCCAGGAGCCUCCCACGGCUUCCAUCAACCCCCACUGCUGGUCUCAGGAGAACCUGGAGGGCAGCCCCGCCAAGGAGAGGAACCACCCCGAGGGCUGGGAUCAGCGGCCUCUGCAGCAGCAGCUGUUGCCGAAGCAGGUGCCUUUGGGAACGGCGACCGUCUUUAAGUACCCGGCGAUCCCAGCCAAGCCCAAGCUGUCUGCGUCCUGUAACUCCUCCCCCCACGGCUCCCCUGCUCUGAAGGGGUUCAGCUACCUGCAUUCUCAUUGUGGAUCCACAGAUCUGAACUCGCCUCAGAAGCUCGUCGACCGCACCAUGACCCUGACUCCACCAAAGAGACGCAAUCAGAGCAAGAUCCGCUACGCUCUGUCAGACGGCGAGCCCGAUGAAGACGACGACGAGGUGACUUUCCGUUCUGGGAACCUGUCGUCGUACGCCACCUUGACGCGCAAACCCGGUCGCAGCCAGCUGGCUCGGUUGCAGUCGAGCCCGGAGAAGAACGGAAACGUGGGGCGCAGCCAGUCGUUCGCCGUGCGCGCUCGCAAAAAAGGUCCCCCUCCUCCGCCGCCGAAAAGGCUGAGCUCGGUGAGCAGCACGACCAGCGGGGAGCUGAGCGACAGCAGCACGACGUCGUCUGUGGGCGGGGUCACGGACAGCCCGGUGAGCGUUCGGAGUAUUGCAGCCUCUCUAGAAGGGAGGACAGAGGGGAAGGACCCUGCUGGAUCUAAACCAGACCUCGUCCAGCAGGAGACUCCGCCUCCUCCUCUGAGCUCUACCGGUCAGGAACCGAGAGAGUUUGGUGGCGUGAGGAGGCGGGUGCAGAGCGAGUGUAUUCCCUCUCAGACUGGCGGCGGCGCUGAGUCAGAACGAGGGGUGAAGUCGGACACCGAGGAGGAAGAACCAAAAGGUCGCGGGCUGGACCGGUCUUCAUCGCCCCACAACAGCUCCAGCGAGUGCAUCCCGUUUGCCGAAGAGGGAAACUUAACCAUCAAACAGAGACCCAAAGCUCCCGGGCCGCCGAGGGCCGAGGCCGUGCUGGAGCCUCCGGAGAAACAAGAACCCGCCAAGAACCUGGAAGUACCCGAGUUUAACCUGAAGGAGUCCGACACGGUGAAGCGUCGACACAAAGCGAAGGAGAAGGACCAGGCGGGAGGUUCCCCGAGUAGAGAGGCGGCGGAGGAUGCCGGGUCGAGCGGCGGCGGCAGCAGGCCUCUGUCCCAGAACCAGGACGACGUCAAUCUGAGGAUCAGCGAGGCGCGUCUGGUGAGGCCGGCGAGUCCAGCGACAGGAUCCCCGAUCAGACGUCCGAUCUCCCCGAAACCUCCUGCCAUCGCCCCGAAACCGGUCCGCCAUAGUCUCCUGGCAGCACACGCUGGACCCUUGUCUCCUUCUGUGACCGUCAGCGGGGUUCAAACGGUGGUCUUCAGCUCCCCGUCCUCCCCGGCUCACGUCCCCAGACCGCUGUCCCCUCAGGCCCCUCAGAGUCCCUCCCUGGCAGCUGCGAGGACUCAGGUGUACAUGGCUGGUCCAGGGGGCACUCCGGGGACCGAGGUGGUUCAGCAGAGACUGGAUCAGACCAGCACGUCUCUGGAAGCGGCUCUGAAGGCCGUCGAGAAAAAACUGAACCGGGAGGACGACUCGGAAAGUGUUUCACACUCAGUGAAGUCUGCAGGGACCAUCCUGGACGACAUCGGCAACAUGUUUGACGACCUGGCCGACCAGCUGGACGCCAUGUUGGAGUGAAGACUUUUCAUAAAAUCCAAACUUCUCAAAGAAAAAAGAUUCACCCGCAAACUCAGGAAGUGACACAGAGAGAGAGAGAGAGAGAGAGAAAG